UCAAAACUGUUGCUCUCCCCCGUCGUCAUCCAAGUGCGUGACUGAAGGUAGCCAUUGCCGACCCAAUCAAUGAAUGAAAUGCCCCUCUCUACUUACAGUCACAGCUGAGUCAGGCAACAACUCCCGUCCACUCUUAUGCCCAAAACAAUCAUCCCAAGCUGACUCGGCUCAGCCGUCCAUAGUAUAUCAGCUCGGCUCCAACACAGCUGAAGCAAAACAGUGUCCCCCAUUUAAGGUUUGAGCCCUAGUAGCAGCCCGUCAGCUGAAACCCACAGAGCUCAGUCAGCCUGAAGAAAAUACACAAAGAAAGAGGCACUUGACUCCAGGUUGAAGAUCCUGGACCUACAGAUUAAAGGUUCAGACUAGUUUUGCCGUCAAACUCCAGAUUUCAUGGUAAUAAGAGUUAAAAGACAUGAAGUGAACUAUUGGCUUCAAUAGUUCAGUCAGCCUGGUGAGGGAUUUUCAAUUGAAAGCAAACAUAGCCAACCCUUCAGUCCCAACUAUCUCAAAAGCAGCGAUAUGGACUGGACAGGACAAGUAUUUAACAUUUGUGAACAAAAACUGCAAAAGCAGCUGCCAACAUAUGCCCCAUUCAGUGGCACCAACAGCAGCCUAGGAUCACAUAAGCCAGUCCCUCCAAACCCUUAUCAAGUUCAACCAAGGAAGAUAAAGUUUAUUUGCAACUUUGGCGGCACAUUCUUACCAAGGCCAAGUGACGGAGAGCUCCGCUAUGUCGGCGGUGAGAGGCAUCUGGUUCAGAUUAAUCAGGACAUGUCAUGGCAUGAGCUGACCUGCAAAACAACAAAGCUAAUAAGGCGGGAUCACACAAUCAAGUACCAUCUCCCAGGCGAGCAACUGAACAUGCUCAUCUCCAUCACCUCUGAUGAUGACCUUCGUAAUAUGAUUGAUGAGUGCGUUGUGCUAGAAACAAACAGAGAAAGGCUGACCAUGUAUCUUUUCUCUGCUAAAGACGAUGAGCACAAUGUGCACUUCCUUGUUGCACGCUCAUCCAAUGCAGAAAAAGAAGCACAGUUCAUUGCUCUCAUCAAUGGACUCACCAGACCAACCAUGGCAUUAAGAAUGCAAAGCCUUGGCAGCACCUCAACUAAUGAUCUAGAUCAGGUAAUGAUUGGUACCAAAGAGGAUAGGCUGCCAGCAGGCACGGAAGAGGAAGAUUCACUGUACAUCAAAGCUAAGUCCUCACAAAGGGUCGUUGUAGAACCAACCAAAACAUCAGGUGGAUUGCUGGAGAAGACACUUCCAACUCCAAAUUUCAUAACACGGAUGGCCAAGAAAGACAAGGCACAAAACAGAGAAGGCAACCUAAUCACCUCUGGUAGAAAGAUAAGUGGUGUUCACUUUAGUCCAUCUGUGCAAUCUGAAUCCAUACAUGCAGCUCAGAGUGGGGGAGGUAGUGAUCAGGGUGUCUCAAGGCAUCGGCCAGAACUGCAGCGAACUACUACAAUCAUAAUCGAAAAGGGCCAUCAAGUUCCAGGAGCUCAGGAAAAAGGACCACCAAGAAAAGAGAUGCUGGUACCACUGGAGAACAUCAAUGUGAAUCAAUUAUGGUCAAAUUCAAACAACAAUAGUCCAACACCACACACAGGUCGAGCCGCAUAUGAAGUGCCUGCAUCUUUAUCAAGGGGUCCCGAGAAAACAGAAAAUCAACAAACAGACUCUAACAAUAACAAGAAACCAGGAAGGCAUAACAGCCAGGAAGAAGCUAUGUCUCAUUUAGCACAAGAACCAUCAAUGAAGAACAAGAACUACCAGUUGCAAAAUAAGAUGGAGAUGCCUGCACAUGGUUCUGAGUCUGCAACUCCUAUGCAAUGCCAUGAUGAUAUGGGCAUCAGUUCAAACCAGCAUACUCUUGAGAAGUCGGUCGCAACCAAUAGCAGGACGAAGCAACAGCCAGCAGUUCCUCUCAAGGGUGGUCACAAUUUAAAGAAAGGUCAUCCUUCAAAGCUUUCCAGCAAUAGCGAAGAAACAAUACUUUCUAGCUCUUUCACAUCUUCAGAUAAGACAACUGAGCUGAAACCACAUACUCUAACUCUAGUGCGUCCGUCAAGCGAGAGACAACAAGAGCGAUCCAGCAGUCCAAGGCCAGAUGAAUCAUCAAAAAUGAUAAAAUCUCGGUCAGUCGGUGCUGAAAGAAAUAGUCCUCAGAUCAUAAUUUCAUCUCAAGAAGUUAAAGAUAGCACUGUGCCAUUGAUCUCAGAGCUUGAAGAACAUGAAACCAAGAACAGUGAACAGGGUCUUCCUGAAACUGUAGCGUUAGGCAGGGGUCUUACAAGUAACGUCCAGAUAAUAAGCAACGAGGACCUUGAAGAUCUCCGUGAGAUGGGCUCUGGUGCAUUCGGAACAGUUUUCCAUGGAAAAUGGAAGGGAACAGAUGUUGCUAUUAAACGGAUAAAGAACAGCUGCUUUAUGUUACCAUCACCUCAAGCAGAUAAGCUGCUUACAGAAUUUUGGAGAGAAGCAGCCAUUAUCUCAAAUCUUCACCACCCAAAUAUUCUGGCACUUUAUGGAGUUGUAAAUAAUGGACCUGGAGCAACAUUAGCUACUGUGACAGAAUUUAUGGUCAAUGGAUCUCUCAAGAAAGUCCUCCUUCGCAAUGACAAAUAUCUUGAUUGGCGCAAACGGAUCAUGCUUGCAAUGGAUGCAGCCAUUGGCAUGGAGUACUUGCACUCCAAGGACAUCGUCCAUUUUGAUUUGAAAUGCGAUAACCUACUAGUGAAUGUUAAGGAUCCGUCUCGUCCCAUUUGCAAGGUUGCUGAUUUUGGUUUAUCAAAGAUGAAACAAGCCACCCUGGUUUCCGGUGGAAUGAGAGGAACUCUUCCAUGGAUGGCCCCGGAGUUGCUGACAAUGAGUGGUACUAAAGUAUCCGAAAAGAUUGAUGUCUAUUCUUUUGGCAUCGUAAUGUGGGAAAUUCUCACGGGUGAGGAUCCAUAUGAUGGCAUGCACUAUGGAGGAGUCAUAGGGGGUAUUUUGAGCAACACACUGCGGCCACCAGUUCCAGCUUUGUGUCCCCAAGAGUGGAGGAAACUGAUGGAGCAGUGCUGGUCAACUGAGCCUGAGAGACGACCUUCGUUCAAUGAAGUUGCAUCCCGUCUCCGCGCCAUCCUAGAAGCAAGCCAGAGAGAACCGCAAAGUAAUGUGCAUGAAUAACACUCUCCUCUAUCUGCACAGCUUACCUGCAGAGCAGGAUCCAAGUGUCAGUAUGAAUAGAAUAAGUAAAAUUCCAGUCUCCCCGAAGUUAACUAUGGGAAGCCUAUAUGAUAUGCAUAGUAGUGUGGAAUCCACAAGUGCUAGAAGUUGGUAUAAUAAUAAUGUCGCCUCCAUGUUAGAUA